CCAUGCAGCUUCUCUUCACUCUUCUACUCACUACUUACCCGCAGUCUGCUCCGUCUGGAUACUGUAGCUACACAACUUGCGUUUUGGGAGCUUCUUUUGCUUUAGUUUUUUUCUUUGUUGUUGUUUUUUCUUUCUUCUUUUCCCCCCCUCAUCACUAUGUAUUGGAACCGUGAAUAACAUCCGUGUGCUUUCCCAUUUAUCCACCUUUCAGUCGGAGGAAUUCGACAUCAAGCCGUCGGAGGCAGUUUGGACUACUUUGUUUCAGGCAAUUUUUAAUUUUCAUCAACAGUUUUAUACGAAGGUUCAGGUGUUCGCUUUGUUUUUCGUUCAGCGCUUUAACUUAGUUUUGUACAUGAAUGCAUUCCUUUUAGUUGCAAAUAGUUUGAAGUUUUCGUUUGACGCGUUGCAGUUUAUUAAAAUGGAUUUAUAACAAGUCGUUGCUAUUUUACUUCGGUUUACUGGAGUGAAAUAAUUUGAUAUGCAGGCCUAAUGUCCCCAGUGUCUCCCUCCACCCCCACAUCCAGAGCAACACUGCACUAAAUACAAAGGUGCAAACUACUUCAGCUCAUUUACAUGAGGCCUACUUUGUUUAUUGUUGACCAUGCUUUACACCGUUUCCCUGAGUAGUACAAGGAAGCUGCUUUAAUCUCACACUCUGAGUUCCCCUCCAUUUGUCCAAGAAAAGAGUUUGUUAACUUUGUUCCUGAAACCCACUGGGUUCAAGAAAAUCAUACUUGUAAGAAAGAGAUUCGUUGAGAUUCAGCCUGUUCACAUAGAUGUUGUGUUAUUACAUUGCACUUAUUUUAAGAAUAAAUCACCAUACAUCAUAUUCAAAGCAGCUGUGACUAAGUCAUCGUUUUAGCACAUAAAAAGCAUCAUCUAUCAUACAACAAUGCUAGUCUCUCAUUUGUCUUCAUCUCUGUAAUUACAUGACUCACCAUUGCACCCAUACAGUAUCUUUUCAGCUAAAACAAUAUCCGUUGCCUUGACAGCCUGAAUUGUGAAGUGAGCUGUGAUGCCUUCUCCUCUCUUCCAGAGGCAGAGUAGGGGGCCUUGCAGUGAGGACAUGAGUUUGGUGGACGUGAGACAGACAGCAGGGUCUCUGACCCUAUCCCUGUCCAGCAACGACUCCAAGGAGCGUUAUGUUGACCGGAUGGAUGAGAGCGACCCGGAGUACCAUCGUAGCAGAAACCUGUCUCCAGACCUGAGGCAGGACUUCAACAUGAUGGAGCAGAAGAAGAGGGUCACCCACAUCCUGCAGAGUCCAGUGUUUAAAGAUGAGUUGGAAGGCCUGAUACAAGACCAGCUGACAAAGGGCAACAACCCCUCAGGUCUCCUGGCACUGAGACAGAUCGCUGACCUGGUCAUGGCCAGCACAGUGGGAGGGGCUGGCCCCUUGACUUCUCCCAUCAGCUUUGGGGUGGUAACUCCAGUCAAUGACUUGUAUGGCAUCGAGUCUCCCUCCUUUUCCAAAGGGGAGAAACACAGUCGCUGCAGGCUAGCUAGCCUCUACAGGCUUGUUGACCUCUUCAGCUGGGCUCGUUUUACAAGCUCCUACAUUACUGUGCGUGUCAGUAAAGAGCAAGACCAUUUUCUUAUCAGUCCACGAGGUCUGUCCUUCGCUGAAGUGACGGCAGCAAAUUUGGUGAAAGUAAAUAUAAUUGGUGACAUUGUGGACCAGGGUUCCACUGAACUGGGCAUUGACCAUUUUGGAUUUGCUCCUCAUUCUGCCAUCUACUCAAUGCGUCCUGAUGUGAGAUGCAUCAUCCAUAUACACACCCCAGCUACAGCUGCUGUGUCCUCGAUGAAAUGUGGAAUCCUGCCCAUUUCCCAGGAGGCUUUGCUACUAGGAGACGUGAGCUGCUUUAGUUACCAUGGCAGCCUGGAUAAUAAAGAGGAGAAGGUGGAGUUUCAGAAAGCUCUGGGUCCAAUUGCCAAGGUGAUGAUCCUGAGAAACCAUGGCCUGCUUGCUUUAGGAGAAACAGUAGAAGAAGCUUUUCACUAUGUGUACCACUCACAGCAAGCCUGUGAAAUCCAGGCAAAUGCUUUGAGGUGUUCAGGCGGCCCAGACAACCUUGUCCUCCUGGACAGGGAGAAGUUUAAACCCCUGACACAGGGAGUAGCUGCUGCCGGGGUGGUGAUGGACAAUGAGGUCAAGUGGAAAGUGGGCGAGGCUGAGUUUGAGUCCUUCAUGAGGAUGCUGGACAACCUGGGUUACAGAACAGGCUACUCCUACCGGCACCCGAUUGUCCGUGAGAAACCCCGCUCUAAAAAUGAUGUGGAAAUUCCUGCCACAGUGUCAGCUGUGCCACCAGAGGACAGUGAGCUGGGUCUGCGCAGUCCCUUCAAAUUCAUGGUGCAGAAACAGCAAAGAGAAAGAACCCGCUGGCUGAACUCGCCUAAUAGCUACUUGAAGGUCAAUGUCCCUGAGCAGUCACCUAGUGGAGAUGUCAGCCCCAGGACUAAAACAAUGUGGAUGAAGUCCUCACAACCAGGCAACAGUGUUGGUACCCCAAUAAAGAUUGAGGACCCAAACCAGUUUGUCCCACUCAACACCAAUCCACAUGAAGUUUUGAAUAAGAGGAACCGGAUCAAGGAACAGCACAGAGGUGACCAGAUGACUCCAGGACCAAAAUCUCAGUUACUAGCAGGCAUUGUUGUGGAUACAAUCCCAGGACCGGCUUUCAUCAUUGAAGAUGAGGAGCAGACUCGCUCACUUCCCCCCAAUCCCUUCAAUGAACUCACAGAGAAGGAGCUGGAAGAAUACAAGAUCAUGGUAGAAAGAAAGCAGCAAGGCCAAGAAGAGGAUGAUGAUGCCACUGAUGCUGAUGAGAUGACCACAUUUGAUGGCUCUACUAUCUCUCUUUCUCUUUCUCCUCUAAUGACGCCAGCUAAACAAGGCACCAUACCCAAUGGGAAAGAUCACUUGACAGAGAUAGAGGAGGAUCUGAGCAUCGAGGUAUCCAAGUUAAGUGUGAGCACUUCGGAAACGGUGGAAAUCUCCAUAACAACGAAGGAGAAGACGGGGGAGGCUCAGACCCCGGAGAGCCAAACCAAGUCCCCAAAGAAAAAGAAAAACAAGUUCCGCACACCUUCAUUCUUGAAGAAAAGCAAGAAAAAGAAGGAGGAGAAAGAAAAAACAGAAGCUUGAGUGCAUUACUUUUUAAAGAAAUGUGUUUUGUGUGAGGAAAAACAUCUAAAUGUCCUUCCUUGUUUUGGCUGGGAUUGAGGAAGUGAAAUAAAAGAAAUGGUAAAAUGUCUGCAAGGACUGGUUUUAUUCAGAGCUGUUAUUCCAAGUUCUUUGAAGAUCUGCCAGUAGGUUGUAAUAAGACUUUUUUUCCUUGAGAAUUUGUGAUGGAUCAGUGAAAGUGUAGUAGACUGAAAACACAUCUAAAGUAAAUGCAACACUGUAUUGCUUUGGUUAUUACCCAUAUUUUAAUGGGAUUUAAAUGUGGGUAUUACAAGAGACAAUGAUUAGUAGUUUAUAUGAAAAUACAUACGAUUGGACCUGUUACAUAUUUGGUUUUUUUGUUUGUUUUGUUUUUUUCUUUUUGCACAAGUCAUUGAAUGUAAACUGACAUCUAGGACAGUUGUUUAACAAUUUUCAUACCAGUAGUGUACUAGUGGCUGAGGAUAUUCAAAUUUUAUGAUGUUUAUUCUUAGAAUAAGUACGCCCUUGUAACCCUGUAAGAAGUAAUCUUAGUUAUACUUUUUUUGUAAUAAUAUAUGUUGGUUUAUAUUACAAAUAUAACAAUAGAGUGCUUGAUAGUUAUGUAAAUGAUUUGCAAGUGUUGACAUAUUUACAUACUUUGUCUUAAACAUACUGUGAUUAAUAAUUGACUAAUAAUUCAUGUUGCUACAUGUAUGUGAUGUUCCCAUGGUUGCUGCUUUAUUGUAAUUGUGACAAGGAAUUGACUGGCUAACAGAAAGAGCUCAGCAAAGUGACAGCUGUUGCAUAUUGUCUAUGAGUGACUAAGUUUCACUUUUUAAUCACCACUUCUUUGGCUGACAAUAAAAGUGCCGUAGCUGAAUCACAGUAAAGCGAACAUGAUGGAUGUUUUGACCAGUUUUGUCCAAAUUUUUAGUGAAGGCAACAUGUUUUGGAAAGUUUUUCUUUAUAGCCAAUUUGACAUGAAGUGUACUAGAGGAUCAUAUACUUACAUCCCGGUAAAUAAUGUGAAUGAUUUGUUUGAACCCAAAGGGAGUGAACUUUUUGUAAAUAGUUUUGUUUUUGUGAAAUUCUUUUAUGCUAAACCAAAUGUUAAUGAAACAUAGAAAUGUGACAGUACAAUCUAUUUACGAGAUUUUAACACUCUUUGCAUAAUAGUUUUUUUUUUUUGUUGUUGUUUUUUUUGUUUUUUACCCACACAAAUUAAGCUCCAUAUUUACUGAACUGAAUAUGUGUUUACAAAUUGUCUUUCUUGUGUCAUUUCUGUCCCUAAUGCUUGCAUUCCUCUGGUUGUUUACAUUGCUAUUUGCAUCGUCUGAGUUUUUUUCCAUGGUGCUUCACAUUAUAGCCACCUUCCUUCAAUGUCAGUUCUUUCUAUUUGCCUUCCACCUCAUGUAAUAAUUGCUGAGGUAGCAUCUUGCAUAUUACACAAUUAAUUUAAUUGCUUUAUUCAUAAACAUGUUUGAAAGUUCAUGGAAUUUUUACUUUUAUUUUAAAGGUGAUCCUUCCCCCACAUUUGUGAAGAAACUUAUCCCAGCAAUUUUACUAGACAAAAUAAAACAUUUAUGAAAUGAAAUUAA